AUGACGCCAAAUGAGCUAAAUUAUUUGCCAAUUGAAAAGUUAUGCUUGGCACUGGUCUUCUCAAUUCAAAAGAUGAAGCAUUAUUUUCAAGCUCAUGUUGUCCGCCUUAUUUCUAGAGCAAAUCCCAUCAAGUUUGUUAUGUCAAAACUUGUCCUUAGUGACCGACUAGCAAGAUGGUACCUCCAAUUCCAACAAUUUGAGAUUUUGUAUAUCCCUCAAAAAUCUGUGAAGGGACAAGCACUAGUGUAUUUCUUAGCAGACCAUCCUAUACCAAAUGAUUGGGAGUUAACCGAUGAGUGUCCUGAUGAAGAUGUGAUGUUAAUUGAAGUUCAACCUCCUUGGAAAAUGUACUUUGACGGGGCUGCACAUCGCGGCGGAGCUGGUGCUUGUGUGGUGUAUUUGGUGACUCUCAAUUUGGUGAUUAAUCAACUCUUAGGAAGUUAUGAGGUAAAAAAGCCUGAAUUGCGCCGUUAUCAUGAUUAUGCUCAAAAUUUGAUAAGAUGGCUUUGGGAUGUAACCCUUCAACAUGUGCAUCGAGCAGAGAAUAAGAAAGCUGAUGCAUUGGCUACUCUAGCUUCAACGCUAACCCUUCCUGAUCAAACGCAAGUAACUGUCUGUCAAAAAUGGAUAGUACCACUGUCAAAUGAGGAAGAAUAUAUUGAAAAUAAGCUUGAUCAUAUCGUCGCCAUUGUUGAAGCUGCGAAGGAAGAUUGGAGACAACCCAUCAUUGACUACCUAUGUUAUGGGAUACUUCCAUAA